AUGGGGGCGGCCGGGGCCCGCUGGGCGCCUGGGGCGGCUCUGGUGCUCGCGGCCCUGCUGGGGGCCUCGGGAGCCGGCCUGGCCGACAACGUGAUCUGGGCAGUGAACGCGGGCGGCGAGGCCCAUGUGGACGUGAACGGCAUCCACUUCCGCAAAGACCCGCUCGAGGGCCGGGUGGGCCGAGCCUCUGACUAUGGCAUGAAGCUGCCAAUCUUGCGGUCCAACACAGAGGAUCAGAUUCUGUACCAGACUGAGCGUUACAACGAGGAGACCUUUGGGUAUGAAGUCCCCAUCAAGGAGGAGGGCGACUACGUUGUGGUGUUGAAGUUUGCUGAAGUCUAUUUUGCACAGUCCCAGCAGAAGGUGUUUGAUGUGCGCUUGAAUGGCCAUGUGGUGGUGAAGGACUUGGACAUUUUUGACCGAGUUGGACAUAGCACAGCUCACGACGAGAUCAUUCCCAUCAGCAUCAGAAAGGGGAAGCUGAGUGUCCAGGGAGAGGUUUCCACAUUCACAGGGAAGCUCCACAUUGAGUUUGUCAAGGGAUACUACGACAAUCCGAAAAUCUGUGCACUAUACAUCCUGCAAGGAACAGUGGAUGAUGUUCCAAAGCUGCAGCCUCACCCUGGCCUGGAGAAAAAGGAGGAUGAGGAAGAUGAAGAAGAGUAUGAUGAAGGCUCCAGCGUUAAAAAACAGGCCAAUAAGAACCGGGUUCAGUCAGGCCCCCGGACACCAAACCCCUACGCCUCGGACAACAGCAGCCUCAUGUUCCCUAUAUUGGUGGCCUUUGGUGUCUUCAUUCCUACCCUCUUCUGCCUUUGCCGGUUGUGA